CUAUAUAUUAGACCUCCAAACUCACAACACAAAGAAUGCUCCUUUCAUAACCAAAAAAUGAUUAUAAACACCCAAAAUCUCUAAUUAUUCUCUAAAUGAAGGAAUUUGAGUAUAAAGAGCUUGAAAAAGCCACAGAAAAUUUCUCACAAUCAAGACUCAUUGGUAAAGGAAGUCAUGGAUGUGUAUACAAAGGCAUAUUAGAUGAAGGUAAGAAUAUCAUAGCCAUAAAGAAACAAUCAUUGGGUCUUCAAAAAAUUCAAGACAACUCCAAACUCGAAAAUGAAGUAAGUAUUUUAUCGUCUUUGCCUGAAAACUCUUUCAUCGUUAACUUUCUUGGAACGAGUCAUCAUUGUCAUCAUGACGAUGACGACUCGUCCAAGAAUGAAUCUUUUCUCAUCAUGGAGUACUUGCCAAAUGGCACCCUUUAUCAAAUGCUUCAUGCAAAAAAUAAUAUCCUUCCUAAUUGGCCCAAACGUGCCCAAAUAGCCAUUCAAAUUGCUAAAGCAAUCCAAUUUCUUCACCAAACUAAGCCUAAUUCAAUUGUUCAUAGAGAUAUAAAGUCAGCCAAUAUUUUGUUUGAUUCAAAUUGGAAUGCUAAGUUGGCUGAUCUUGGACUUGCUUUAAGGAUGAAAAAUGAUCAUCAGGACGAGUCACCGAGUCAUAGUUCUAACUCCGUGACUCGUCCUGCUGGUACGAUCGGAUAUCUAGAUCCUGAUUACACAAAACCAAGCAAAUUAAGCACGAAAAAUGACGUGUUUAGUUUCGGGGUCCUACUAUUCGAAAUUAUGUCUUCAAGAAAGGCGAUCGACGUAUCGAAAUCGCCUGUUUCUAUAGUUGAUUGGGCAACAAAAUUAAUUAAAGAGGGACAAAGUUUGGAAAUUUGUGACAAAAGAAUGCAUGUACCAUGGUACAUGGAGUCCACGAUAAAGAACAUGUUAAGCAUAGCCACACGUUGUGUCUCUCCAAAGAAAAUAACAAGACCAACAAUUGAAGAAAUUGUGAUGGAAAUGGAGAAUGUGAUAAUUGAGCCAAUUAAGUAUCCUUUAUGGAAUAUAUUACGAGGCCUAACACUUUUGAGAAGGAAAAGAAAAAGAAGUAGAAAAAAUUGUUGUAUUAUUACUACAAAUAAUGUUACCAAGACAUGUGCACAACAUGAAAAGAAGUUAUUGAUUAGGGAAAUAUUGGCAGAUAAAGUCACGGAAUAGAUGCAGAGGCGAAUUCAGAAUAUCGAUCGGAUUCAAUUUUUGUGUUCUAUUGAAUCAUGAGCUACAUUCACCUAUGAUUUGAUGAAUGAUGAUGAGGAUAACUAAGUGAUUGUUAUUUCUAUAUUACGGUAACGAUAUCUUUAUCGAAGCAGAAUAAGUCUAAUACGGGUGAGUGGAUUACAACUCGAAGCAGUCAAUAAUGAGGCUUUUUAGGGGGCAUGCAUUGCCAAACACAAGAUUCCAAAAGUAGGUAGAAGUGGAAUUAUUUAUCAAAGAUAUUGUAAUUUACUACUUAUUUUGUAUGGUUUUUUUCCUAUAAAUGACGUGUUAUUCUUUGGUGUCGUUACGCUUUUAUCUAUGGCUUUUUGGGGAACUCUUAGUGAAAUAUACAUAAAUUCUCCAACAUUUGCAUUGGGAGAAUGU